AUGGCUACCAGGCUGCAGAACGAGAAUAAUUGUGAGGUUGGGGUUUUCUCCAAGCUCACCAAUGCCUAUUGCCUUGUUGCAAUUGGGGGUUCUGAGAACUUUUACAUGUAUCAUUUUUAUCUCUUCUUUUGUGAAUGUCGUGUGUCUGUUCUCCGUUGUUUGAGAGUUGAUGUUUUGUUUGGUGGAAGCACAUUUGAAGCUGAGCUGGCUCAUGUAAUUCCGGUGGUUAAAACCUCAAUUGCUGGAACUAGAAUCAUUGGACGCCUCUGUGCUGGAAAUAAAAAUGGGUUGCUUGCGCCUCAAAAAACUACUGAUCAAGGCCGAUGCAUGCUUUUGAAUCCAUAUGAUCAGAUGAGGGUUUUGGAGUUCAAGAUGGAAAUUAGACCCAGUCAAGAUUAUGCACUAUGUGUUAGAGGCUCACAAUUGAGAAAGGGCGACCACCCCUACCCGCCCAACAAGCUCAUCUUCGUGCCCGACAAGGAGUGCCAGCGCCCCAAUUUGCAGGGGCCGAGAUCGAGCAGCUGCAAUAGUCAUAUUCGCAGCCUGAUUGGGUGA